AGUUGGGGAUGAGUCCGGGAGCCUUUUUGGGGCGGGAGCGGUGCUGCCUCGGUGCUGCAAACAGAAAGCGGCGCAAGGGCUUAUUUGCGAGGCCGGGAAGAGCAUCGCCCGCGAAGGAGACAUGCUUCCGCGAUCGCCAGAGGCGGUCGCCGGGUGGGAAACCGCACGAACCCGCGGCGGGGCGCGGGGAGAGAAGCGCGCAUUUCCAUGUGCAAGGGACACGCGCGACUCAGGCGCAGUUGAGCGAGAGCGGCGGCUGCACGCGCGUGAGCGGAGCGCAAGACCUUUGCACGUGGGAGCGCUUACCUGGGGCCGGGUCCCGCCUUCUCCGCCCAGGUGCCCUUCAGGGAACAAAACUGGAAAUGCCUCUCUGGUUGGCGAAAGGCUUGUACGACAACAAACGGCGAAUACUUUCGGUGGAGCUGCCCAAGGUUUACAAGGAAAGCUGGCGGACGGUGUUCAGUGCGGAUGCCAGCGUGGUGGACCUGCAUAAAAUGGGGCCCUAUUACUACAGGCUUGGCUCCCAGCUGCUAAAUUUUGACAGUCCUGAAAAUGUCGACGUAGCCCAGACGAUACUGCAGACCUUUAUUUCCCGUUUCCGCCGCAUCAUGGACUCUUCCCAGAAUGUUUUCAACGAGGACACAUCUGCCUUGGUGGCCCAGCUGGAUGAGCUAGAGCGAGCCUUGUUUCAGGCUGGCCAGAAAGGACUCAGCGAUUUCCAGUGCUGGGAAAUGGGUCAGGCCUCCCAGAUCACCGUGUCCAGCCUCGUCCAGAAUUACAAGAAGAGAAAAUUUACUGACUUGGACACUUGACAGUUAGGCGGGUUCAAGAGGCCUGCAAGGGGGCACUUUCUGAUCACAAGAAGACAAUGUGGGAACUAAAACCCUUCCUGGCAGCUUCUGGAGACUGCCCCACACGAUAUUCCUGAGGAAUGCUGGCUGAUUUCACUUGGGGUUCUUUGUAAUCUUUUUGCCCCAGGAUCUGUGGAGACCGUGCCUUAUGCAUAGCACAUUAGGGUGUAAGGUGCUCUGCCAUUGCUUGCACUGUCCUUGGGGCACACGAUGCCCAUUAAAAGCAACUUCACUCCUGUUUAAGCUUCUUGCGUAGACGGUAGCAGAAGGCUAGGUCAGCACACGACGGACAUGCUGCAGAGCUGCUGGCUUUUGAAAUGUGCAGGGUUCGUUCCCCUAAAGUCUUUGUGUCAGGUACCAGGUUGCUCAGCUAAAUAGCUCAGCUUUGCCAGGUUAGUGGGACAGGCCCGUCCUCGCCCCUCCCUCUGCCUCCAUGGCCAAUUGAACACUGUUUUGAUAAGUGGGCUCUUGCCUGGCUGCAGUAGUUUGAGCGACUUCCCAUUUCUUGCAGUGAGCCAUCCGUCUGAUAGCACGUAGCUCAUUCUACAGGUCACUGCAGGAAAUGUUCUCACUGUCACUUACAAACAUUAGAAGGUGGGCCUGGUCUGUGCUCUGUAGCAGGAGAACCUCCAGCCCAGCACUAGAAUGACGUCUCCACAGCUUCUUCAAAAGGGAAUUUGGUCCUCACAGUAGAAGGGUUCAACAGCCGUCCUUCGUAGCGUUAGUUUACUGGAAACCAGUUCUAGGUUCAAUUUCAAGGAAGGGAGUCUUCCCAGAACUCAAACGGAGCACCUCCUCAGAAGAAAAUGCCUUUGCCACUGGCUUUCCCAUCCAGCAAUGGCCAAGCCCAGGAAAAGCAGUUUCCAGCUUGUCAGAAAGGCAGUGUAGUCAGUGGUGAGGUUCAGAGAGGGCAGGCAGGAAUUUAGGCAGAGGAAGGGUCCUCCAGCUUCUUCUUCAAUUCUUGUGCAUCCUGCCUCCCAAGACCCGGCCAAGGUGACUUGGAGGCCUCUCCAGGCCUGUCCAGAAGAUGCCCGAAGGAGGGCUAGAAGUGCCACAGCUCUUACAGUGCAGAGCCUCUUUCGAAGUAGUAUCUAAAGCCAAGGAUAAGGGGGCAUUUACACCACUUCCUUUUCCAUCUUAACUCAUGAUCUUGUGAAAAAUAACUUUUUAUAUAUUCGUGUAACCUGGAAUUUAUUAAACUACUUUUCUUUUUAAAAAAUCCAAA